GUAACUGUCAGAACUGUCAAACAGGCCAAAUCACGCACAAAAAAACAACGCGGAAGCAUCACACGAAGCGGGACGUCCCAAAAACACAAGCUUCCGACAGAAAACACCGAGUUUUACGUGAAAAACUGCAAUUGUGACGCCAUUUCAGCAUUAAUUCCGAGAACCUGCUUCACUGCACGCACACGGUACCGCCACCAGCACCAUGUCGAGUACAUCGCAAAAGCAUAGAAAUUUCGUUGCCGAACCGAUGGGCGAGAAGCCCGUCACAGACCUUGCCGGCGUGGGUGAUGUGCUGGGCAAGCGGUUGGAAGCGGCAGGAUUCGACCGAGCGUACACCGUGCUCGGCCAGUACCUCAUCCUGAAGAAAGAUGCCGAGCUGUUCAAGGAGUGGAUGAAGGACACCUGCGGCGCGAACUCGAAGCAGGCGGCCGACUGUUACCAGUGCCUGAGCGAUUGGUGUGACGAGUUCCUGUAAAUAACAAAUCGUUUGCAUUUAAGAGCAUUUUGACAAUGGAUACAAAUGGAAUGGCACAGGUGUGGUGUGGUGCAUUUUUGGGAUACGGCGCGGUUCAUUCCCGGUGUCCGCCUGUAAGUGUUGAUGUGUCUUACGCCACACGAACUGGGAUUUGUUUGUGCGGUACAAGCGGGCUAUCUUUGCUUCUGUGUAAUUACACCUGACGAAUGGAUUAAUAGCCGCAAUUUAUAUAUUAACUUUAUAAAAUCUCGAAUAGGAUAAGUUAAAGGAA